AUGGAUGUGAGGGCGGCCCUCUGCCUGCUCCUCUGCGCUGUGCUGUUCCCAGCUGCACCACGCGCUGCUCCUGGGGUCCUCAGUAAGGGAUCCAAGGCUGGUGACCUGCAAGAUGGGUGUAGAGACCUGAUUCCCUGUGAAGACAGCGGAACUCUCUGCAUUCAGGCCUGUUCUCCCUCCUUCCACGGGGAAACAAGCUUUGUCUGCAAAGACAGAACGUGGAGAAUGUUCACAGACGCCUGUGCGAAUCUGGACGUGGAGUCACUUUUUCAGAGGAUUUCUAGACGGGAACCCCUUCCAAGCUCUGAAGGACACAUUGGAGGAGGACACUUUCCCUUUGUAGUGCCAGGAAAGCCAAUGCAUGGGAAGCCCGGAGAUGGAGCAAAAUAUUUUGGUGCUGAUGACCAUGGGAGCAGUAACUGUCAAGCUGACUUUUCAUGCAUCAUCCCAGAUAUUUUGUCUUCACCAGCAAUUCCAGGAAAUAUUGCUGAUAUCGUGGAACUGCUAAAGAAGAUUUCCUUAAUGUUAUCAGAGAACGUCAGUAGAGGAAAAAUGCAGAGUUACAGCAAGAUAGCGAAUCACAUUCUGAACAGCUCCGUUAUUUCCAAUUGGGCUUUUGUAAAGGACAGAAAUGCCAGUUCGACGUUACUGGACUCAGUGAACCUCUUUGCUGGCAAACUUCUUCUAAGGAACGGAUCAGAAAAUAUUCAGGAACACUUCAUCUCUACAAAAGGCUUCAGCAUACAUCAAAAUGCUUCAGGGAAGAGCUUUGAUUUUUCAAUGGAGUUGAAUGAGACGAGCAGUGUCAGAGGGCGUGUGGUCAUUCCAGAAGAAGAACUUCGGAAGUUACCAAAGACUUCCAAAGCCAUCAGCAUUGCGUUUCCCACGCUUGGACCCAUUAUAGAAGCCAGCCGUCCGGACCCUGUUUCUGUGAAUGGCAUGGUUUUAUCUGUGUCCCUUCCAGAAGAGCUUCAGCAUAUUUUACUUACCUUUGAAAAGGUGAAUAAGCUGGAGAAUGCCGGGGCUCAGUGCGUUGGGUGGCACUCUACUGAAAGGAGGUGGGAUACCAAGGUGUGCAAAAUGAAGUCUGACAACAUCAGCAGUGUUGUUUGCAUGUGCAAGCACCGCCGCCGCACCUUCAGAUCCUUCUCCAUUUUGAUGUCUCCCACCUUGCUGAGGAGCGCAGUGCUGGAUUACAUUACGAGUGUGGGGCUAGGCCUUUCUAUUUUCAGCUUGAUUCUGUGCCUGACCAUCGAGACAGCUGUCUGGCACCACGUCACAAGAACUGAAAUCACCUACAUGCGCCAUUUUUGUUUGGUGAACAUUGCCGCAUCGCUUCUCGUUGCUGAUAUUUUGUUCAUCGUGGCAGCUGUUGUGCAUAACACAGCCCUGAACUACCGCCUGUGUGUGGCAGCCACUUUCUUCCUUCACUUGUUCUAUCUCGCCCUGUUCUUUUGGAUGUUCACCCUGGGUCUCUUAAUUCUCUAUGGAUUACUGUUGGUUUUUUUUAAGAUAACAAGAUCAGUAUUCAUAGUUACAGCGUUCGUCAUCGGAUACGGAUGUCCGUUAGUCAUAUCUAUCCUCACCGUCGCUAUUACUGAACCAAGGAAUGGGUACUUAAGGAGCGGAGCCUGCUGGCUCAAUUGGUAUGAGACCAAAGCCCUGCUGGCCUUUGCUGUACCUGCUCUGAGCAUCGUUGCAGUGAAUUUGGCUGUGGUUGUGGUGGUUGUGGUGAAGACUCCAAGACCCUCUAUUGGAGAAAGCUGCAAGUCACGAGAUUUGAGCAACAUGAUCCGAAUUAGCAAAAACGUUGCCCUUCUGACACCUCUGCUGGGCCUCACCUGGGGGUUUGGGUUGGCAACAGUGGUUGACAGUCACUCUCUGGCAUUCCACAUUACCUUUGCGAUCCUUAAUGCCUUCCAGGGAUUCUUCAUUCUGUUGUUUGGGACACUUCUGGACAGAAAGACCAGAGAGGCCUUAAGGAAGAACUGCCUUUCAUCAAAGCGGGAGUGCAGUCUAGCAAAGGCCUAG